AUGAGACUUCGUGACAAAGGAAGUGAUGGAGGCCACAAUGGACUCAAGGAUAUUCAAGAGAAGUUUGGUCAUAACAAUUAUGUCCGUCUUCGUAUGGGAAUCGGCAAGGACUUUCAUCCUGGUCAACAAGUAAACUAUGUACUAGGAAAGUGGAAAGUCCACGAAAAAGAUGAUGUAGAAAAGAUGAUCAUCAAAGCUGGAGAAGCUGUCAAAAAUUUUGCAACGAUUGGAUUGAAGUUAACAAUGGACAAUCUUAAUAGAUAG